AUGUCUUUAGGAGAAGCCGACGCAAAGUUUCCUGAGUCCGCCACAAACGGGUUGCCGCCGUCUCCAACGAGAGAGAACCCCGGACAGGUCUUUCCCAAGUCCGACCCUAGCCCAGCGCCGCCCGCACGGGAACCAAUCGUCGGAAACGACCAAUUUACAGGCAAUCCAUUCCUUAUCAGAUCCGCCUUGCAGAAGUUAGACCAGGCGAUUGGUGAAGUCGUUGAUAUGCUAGAGAAUGAAGGACAGGCAGUCGGCGGAUCAGCUGAGGAGGAUACGUUCGUGCACAAAUUGAAGAGCUGGAAAAUGGAAUUGGAAAAGUUGCGAGGGAAUCACCGUAGCGGCGGAAGCCAUCAAGAGGCAGUGUCAGCCCCGCCCGAGACGGAAGGCGGUAUGUUCACCGAUUAA